AUGGGUCAGGAAGAAGCUGGUGGCCCAUACAAGACCCGCCAGAAGAUGACGCCGUCCAACAAGUCGCCGCGAUCGAGAGAGUGGUCUCUGGGUCUCUUUUUCCUAUGCUGUGUGGUGGUGUUGUGGGUGCUUUCGUCGUUCUUGCUGAACGACCUGUUUGAAAAGCAGGUGUACUCGAAGCCGUUUCUGAUCACAUGGUUCAACACAGCGUCGUUCUCGCUGUACUUGGUGCCGUACUACGUGGGUCGGUGGCGGCGGGAGAGGUGGGGGGUGGGCGGAGAGGGCUGGGGGGCCGGGAGCGAGAUCCUGCUUGCGGAGGAGGCGUCGUUGGUGCCUCGGGAGACGGCGGGGGACGAGGAGCAGGGCUCGGGCAGCGCAGACAGCAAGCUGCACGCGUUGACGUUCCGGGAGACGCUGCGGUUGUCGCUGUCGUUCUGCAUCCUCUGGUUCUCGUCGAACUUCUUCAACAACGCGUCGUUGCUGUUCACGUCGGUGUCGUCGCAGACGAUUCUCUCGUCGACGUCGUCGUUCUUCACGAUGCUCGUCGGGUACCUGGUGAGCCAGGAGACGUUCAACACAGAGAAGAUCCUGUCGUUGGCGGGCUUGUUCGUGGGCGUGCUGUGCGUGACGCUGAACGACGAGCCGCAGACGUCUGGCUCGACGCCCUUCCGUGUCGUGCUGCUGGGCGACAUGUUGGCUCUCCUGAGCGCCCUCUGCUACGGCGUGUACUCGAUCUUGCUCAAGCUCAAGGUCAAGGACGACUCCCGCAUCGACAUGCGCUUGUUUUUCGGCUUUGUGGGCGUCUUCAACAUCGUCUUCCUCUGGCCCUCUCUCCUCCUCGUGCACUACCUCAAGCUGGAGACGUUCGAGCUCCCGCCCUCGGGCGACGUGUGGUUCGUCAUUCUCUUCAACUGCAUGAUCUCCUUCUUGGCCGACUUCCUCUGGGCACGCGCCAUGCUCCUCACGUCCCCCUUGACCGUCACCGUAGGCUUGUGUCUCACCAUCCCGCUCGCCCUGAUCUGCGACGUGCUCUUCAAGUUCAAGCUCAACUCGCCCAUCUACUUCUUCGGAGCCUUUUUGGUGUGCUUCUCCUUCUACUGGAUCAACAAGAGCGAGCAGGACGGCUCCAUGCUCUCCGCCAGCCACGACCACGACCACGGCAGCGACGACUGA